AGCCCGCCGCACAGUGCACCUGUUCUGCUUCACCCCCGCCGUAGCCUACAGCCCGAGUUGACCAUGCCGAGCAUCAACAGCACCCUCUCGGCCCGCCGCAGCACCCCCCACCGUGGCCCGUCCGCAUUCUCCAGCCGCUCGGUCCAGAGCGGCUCUUGGAACCGCCUGUCCACCGCUCGUCGCUCGCUGGGCUCCGGCUCCGGCUCCGUCGUCGGCCUCAGUUCGGCCGCCGGCCUCAUCAUGUCCGGGGAGGCGGGCAACAGGAUCGGCCAGGAGAAGAUGGCCAUGCAAGGGCUGAACGAGCGGCUGGCCCGUUACCUGGAGAAAGUGAACUCGCUGGAGAGCAGCAACCGGGAGCUGGAGCUGCAGAUCAGCGCGCUGAUGGAGGAGAGGAAACCCGUCGAUAGGAACAUCAACCCCAUGUUGGCGCAGGCUCACAUCCUCAACAAACAGAUUGAGGACCUCACCAUGGGCAGUGCUGCCAUCAUGCUGCAGAUAGACAACGCCAGGCUGAGCGCAGAGGACUUCAAGAUGAAGCUGGACUCUGAAGCGCUGGUCCGUCAAGCUGUGGAGAAUGACAUCGACCGUCUGAGACAGGUCCAGGAAGACUACGCGGUGAACGCAUCCUCGCUGUGCAACGAGACUGACCUGUUGACCGAAGAAAUCCUCUUCCUGAAGAAGAACCAUGGAGAGGAAUUGAGUGGCCUCAAAGCACAUCUUAAGAACGAGAGGGUGUCUGUGAGUGUGUCAUCGAGCGAGGAGGCCGACAUCACUGACGCCGUGACAAAGGUCAGGACACAAUAUGAAGGUCUGAUGGCGAAAAACAAAGCUGAAGCCCAGUCCUGGUAUGAGUCUCAGCUGCAAGUUGUAAAUAAUCAAGUCCAGCUCAAUACAAAGGAACUUGACAGUUUCAAAGCUGAGUUCAACAUGAAACGGCAGACGAUGCAGGGUCUGGAGGUUGAGCUGGAAACUCUGAAGUCACAGGUCAUCGGACUGGAAAACAUAUUGGGAGAGACUGAGAGCAGAAAUGCCGAUGAGCUCCGUAAGAUGCAGUUAACCAUCUCCCAAAGGGAAAUGCGGUUGAUUGAAUUACGGGAUGAAAUGCACAGGAGUAAAGAAAACUACGAUGAUCUUCUAAAAAUCAAGCAAACUCUGGAAGCAGAAAUUGCUGAGUACAGGCGUCUACUCAAUGGGAACUUGAGUGUAACGCCAGCACCUCCUCCACGGACUCCAACCCCUCCUCCUGAGAUCACAACAAGGAAGACAAUCAAAGUCAUCACGACAACACUGGUUGAUGGCAAGGUUGUGGAUGAAUCAAGUGAGGUUUCAGAAUACAGUGAACAGAAGCAGAAGUGAGCAGUGCAAUGCAAUGCCCACGAUGGAACAAACUCUGGCUUUAUGAAAUAAUAUGCAUGAAUCGUGUAUUGGGUUGUAAUGGCUUCAAGCAGCGAACCACUAUCAUAGACUUUAUAUAAGGUGGUUGAACCUUCGACACUAUUCACUCUAUGCAAUGGCUUAACUUUCAAUAAAUCUUGUCUGUUACAAUUUUGUUUCUCUCAUUCCGAUCUGUCGCAGAACAUCAGUGCUAAUAAAACUGGAAUUGGUUUAUUA